UUUACAGGUGAUGUAAGACUUACCGAUGGAGGUGCUCCAAAUCAGGGACGAAUAGAGUUCUAUUCCAAUGACACUUGGUGGACACUCUGUUCCAGUUAUUUCGAUGGUGACGCACACUCUACAGUGUGUCGAAAGCUUGGUUAUAAUAUGGCAACAGGACACUAUCGAGAUGGUGAAUUUGGCGCUGGUAACUUGUCAAUUCUACACACUUCAUUUUACUGCGACUACGGUGCUUACUCCCUCCUCAACUGCACCCAAGGCCCAUGGUACGGAGAGUGUCACCGUGGGGUGGUAGGAGUUGUUUGUGAUGAGAUGGUAUUUGCAGGUAAUUAA